AUGAAGCGAAAGUUACCCUGGGAAGCAGCACUUCAACCGGCGGUUCAGCAACCGACCGAGAAAAUCCUCCCGCCAGUGGUGACGAAGCAACUCCGGUCGAAGCUACAUCGCCGGCGGAGAUCACGUAUCACUCCGAUAAUUCUACGUUCCUUAUCUAGUAUUGCUGGUUCGUCGCACUUGACCAGCGAACUCUUAGGUGAAUCGAGCAAAAGUUCUGUGAAUAAGGAAACGGCAGUGAAGAAGCGACGAAGCACCGAUGCUGAAGUGGAAUUAUCGGAGUGCUCUUGUGUUGAGUCAUCGGAGAUAUCUAGUUUUCAGACAUUUUCCAGUAAAAUCACGAAAACUGAUCAAAAUCCAGUAGAUAUCUCUCACGAUAUCUUCUCAAAACAGAAGCGAAAUGUAAAAUAUAUUGAAGAAACUGAGGAUUCUAAUGAAGCUUCUGGUGAUUUUUGCGGUAAAAGCUCUAAAAAUGCUGAGAAAAUCAGAGACGAUGAUGUCGUUUCGUUCAAUUCUGUGUUACAAUCGCCUUCUGAGUCAAAAUAUGGAAAAUUAUCAGUUCAAACAAUCAAAUGUAGUGAAAACAGAGCAACGGAAGAUGUGAAGAAUUCUGAAGUUUCACGAGUCAGUCCAGAGGUAGAAUCUGCUAUAGGACAAUCACAUGAGAAGCUCGUUGGAGCGGAUUUUGAUCUGGAAUGUUCUGAACAUCUCUCAAACAGUGAUAUUUUUGACAAUUAUUCUUCAUCAACUUACUCCGAACUCCAGUCGGAGAUUUUCCCGGAGAGUUCAGAUAUAGAUCUGUUCGCCGAUUAUAGUUCAUCCGAUUGGUACGAUUCUGGAAGCCAGUUCUCGGAGAAAUCGAACGCCGACGCUAGUCCUUCACCUACUUUCGCGUUGUUUCUUCAAUUCAAUCAACUGUUCUGCAGAUCAUCAACCGUCGGUUUGCAAUCCACUUCCAUAAACUCUCCAGACGAUGAUCACAUUUCUACUGAGUUAAUCGGAUUGGAAGAAGAAGAGGAUGAAGAGAGCUAUAGGAUGAUAAGGAAGAGAGAGAGGAGGCAAUUGUAUCUACAUGACUACGCCGAGGAGUACUGCUCCACGACGGACUACGGCGAUCUCAUCGUCCAGCAGCGGUUGCAGAUGGUUCGUUGGAUCCUUGAGCAAGCUACAAGGAAGAAACUUCAGAAGGAGACGAUGUUUUUAAGUGUCAACCUCUUUGAUCGAUUUCUUAGUAAAGGGUACUUCAAAACCAGAAGAUGCCUUCAAAUUGCUGGUGUAGCCAGCUUUACUCUGGCAGUCAGGAUUGAAGAAAACCAGCCUUACAAUAGCAUCCGCCAGAAGACAUUUGUUGUUGCAGGCACCGCAUAUAGCUGUAGUGAAGUGGUGGCUAUGGAGUGGUUGCUGCAGGAGGUCCUAAACUUCCAGUGUCUGCUUCCAACGAUAUACAACUUCUUAUGGUUUUAUCUUAAGGCCGCUCGAGCUACUGAAGACGUGGAGAGGACUGCCAAGUACCUGGCAGUACUAGCUUUGCAGGGUCAUGAACACUUGUGUUACAGACCAUCAACUGUAGCUUCUGCACUUGUGAUUCUUGCUUCAUCAGCUGCAAACCUUUAUGCCUCUUGCCAUUUGGUCACAGAGACUCAUGCGAGAAUAAAAGACGAGGAUUUACCUGAUUGCAUAAAGAAACUUGAGCCAGACAACUAA